AUGUCCAAUGCUUCUCCCACUCCAAUGGUAACUACAUGCCGACUGUCUAUUCAUGAAAGAAAUCUAAUGGAGGAUGAAAGGUUGUUUAGAAGCAUUUUGGGUGCCCUACAAUAUGUAGUCAUUACAAGGCCCGAUAUUGCCUUCUCAAUUAACAAAGUCUGUCAAUAUAUGCACAAGCCUUUAGAUACACAUUUCAAAGCUGUCAAACGGAUUUUACGACACCUACAAGAGACACUAGAGUAUGUUUUACAGUUCAUUCAUAACUCAAAACUUCUUCUCAAAAGCUAUUCUGAUGAGAGUUGGGGUUCAGACAUUGAUGACCGUCGAUCUACCUCUGGCUUAUGUGUUUUUCUUGGUGGGAAUCCGACCUCGUGGAGUUCCAGGAAGCAACAAGUGGUGUCGAGAUCCACAGUAGAGGCUGAAUAUCGAAGCUUGGCUCAUGUCGCUGCAGAAAUAGAGUAG